AUGGACAAGAUCCUCCAGGCCGCUCAAAACCACAAGAAACCAGAAUCGGUGAAAAAAUAUCAAUAUGGUACCGCAGGGUUCCGUAUGAACGCUAACAUCUUGGACAGCGUGAUGUUCACCACUGGGAUCCUUGCCGCCCUUAGAUCGAAGUACCUCGGGGGUAAAUUCAUCGGGAUCAUGAUUACUGCCUCCCACAACCCUCCUCAGGAUAAUGGGGUCAAGUUGGUUGAUCCUAUGGGUGAAAUGUUGGAGCAACACUGGGAAGCGUACGCCACCACUUUGGCCAACGCCGCCAGCCCAGAAGUGUUGGUCAAAGAGGUUCGUGAAUUGAUCCAGAACUUGAAAAUCGACUUGAAAGUCCCAUCUAACGUUAUUGUGGCAAGAGACUCUAGAGAAUCAGGCCCAGUAUUACAGCAGGCGGCUGUCGAUGGGCUAGUGGCUAUGGAAGCUAACGUCAAACAAUUUGGAGUGUUGACGACUCCUCAAUUACAUUUCUUGGUCCGUAAUCACAAUACUGGCAAACCAAAAGUUGAAACCAGUUACUACGAAUAUUUCUCCACCGCAUUCAAAGAAAUUUACCAGUUGAUCGAUGGUGAUUCUAAACCACCAAUUGAUAUCGUCAUUGAUGCCGCCAAUGGUAUCGGCGCUCCAAAAGUUGAAAAAUUGUUCGACGAAUAUUUGAAAGGCAAGAUUCAUAGUUAUAAGGUCAUCAAUGAUAAAUACACCCAUCCAGAGACUUUGAACUCUCACUGUGGUGCGGACUUUGUCAAGACCAACCAGCAAUUACCACAAGGGAUUUCUGCAAUCCCUGAUAAAUUAUAUGCCUCAUUUGACGGUGACGCCGACAGAGUGGUAUUUUAUUUUGUCAAUUCAGCUAAUAAGUUCCAGUUGUUAGAUGGUGAUAAAAUUUCUACCUUAUUGGCCAGAUAUUUCAUCAAAUUGGUGGAACAAACCGGACUUAAACUUUCUGUCGGCGUGGUUCAAACCGCUUAUGCUAAUGGAUCAUCUACCAAUUACUUGACACAAAAUUUGAAACUUGCCGUUGAAUGCACUCCUACCGGGGUGAAACAUCUUCACCAUGUGGCCCAAAAAUUCGAUAUUGGUAUUUAUUUUGAAGCCAAUGGUCAUGGUACAGUUUUGUUUUCGGAAAAUUUGAUCGAACAAGUCUCAUCCAGCAGUGAUGAGCAUGCAUUCAAGAAGCUUUACUACUUCACUCAAUUGAUCAACCAAUCUGUUGGGGAUGCCAUAUCCGACUUGAUCACGGUUUUGUUGAUUAUUUCUGAUUUACAAUUGACUCCAACCGAAUGGAAUUCUGCUUAUGCUGACUUGCCUAAUAAAUUAGCAAAAGUUAUAGUUAAGGACAGAACUGAAUUCAAGACCACUAAUGCUGAAAGAACUUUGAUUGAACCAAAGGGUCUCCAACAGAAAAUUGAUCAAGAAGUGAAAAAGGUGCAAUUAGGUAGAUCUUUUGUCAGGGCAAGCGGUACAGAAGACGCCGUUCGUGUUUAUGCUGAAGCAAAGACCCAAGAAGAAGUGAUCAAGUUAUCAGAAGCUGUCUGUGAACUUGUUAAAGAAUUCGCCGCCUAA